AUGCAUAGCUAUUAUUUCAAAAAUUCGACGAAAGGAAAGGAAACAAAACGCCGCUUCGCAGAAACCCCCACCUCCUCGAAGAUGAUAUCAUAUUCGAGUUUUCGACUUAUCGUCGCCUCCUGGUUCGAUUACCGAUUGCAAACGCAACGGAAACCCGACAUACCAUUUACGUGCCGCGUCCGAGCCGCAUCAAAACGAAACGAGUCGAGCCGCAAUCGCGUCCAAAGCCAGUGCAACAUAAUCGAAAUGUCCACUAAAGAGGUGCAGUACAAGGACUACGUGAAUUUCUUGGACGGCUACAAGAACAACGCGAAUCGGCGGGCUAUAAAUAAACCCGACGACGCCGUCGAUAAUGGCAGUGUUAAAGCCACAUCGAAUUUGAAGCCCUUCAAUCAGUACAUCGAACAUUACAACAGCAGCAGAUUCAAAUCGGUCAGGCCGGCGUUCGUCAACCAGCAACAGCAACUGAUCCAAGACGAGUGCAAGACGAACAUCGAUAGUAUCGUUAGGGGUUUCGAAAAGAACUCGCUGGAAUCGUUCACCAAGCAAAACCCAGCAAAAAGUUCCGCAAGAUCAACGGGAAGUUCUUCGAUUUCUUCAUCAUCUAGCAACUCCUUGACAAGAGAAUUUCCUCUAACUGGAAACGGUUCGAUAUCAUCAUCAUCGAGAAGUUCUACAGCAUCUUCUAUAAAUUCCUCGUUUAAAUCGACAGCGAAUUCUCCAUCACCAAACUACUCCAUGACAAGAGAAUUUCCUUUAGCUGGAAACGGUUCGUUAUCUUCUUCAAGAAGCUCCACAGUUUCUUCGAUCAAUUCCAAUCAACCCUUCAAAACAACAUCAAAUUCACCAUCACCAAACCACUCUGUAUCAAGCGAAUUUCUCGACCUUUCAUCGAUUUCUCCACCGCCAUCUAUAAUAUCAUCAUCAGAAGAUUCGAUGCCGUCUCCUUGCAAUUCACCGCCGCCUCCGCCGCCCCCGUUGCCGACAGUCGCGUCUGCACCACCCAACUUCAAGUCGUUACCAAGAAAGUUUGUAUCAGCUUCACCUCAGCCAGUAACUACUAAUACCAGUAAAAUCCAGUCGAAUUCACCGUGCCAGCGAGCGGUGAAAAUUCAAAUCAACGGUAACGAUAAUAAUGCAUCUAAAAUUAUCGACCAGAAUGACCCGAGGGUGAAGAAAGCGGUUUAUGGGGCCUUGAGGAAUAUGUACGGGGCUUAUCAUGACAAAGCCAAUGAGUAUGUGGCUACGUUGCCGAAGAAUAGGGUGAAAAAGGGGAACAAUUUGGAUAAAAUCAUCGAUAGUAUUGCGGCUGAUGGAGGUUUGGAGAAAUUAUGCGGCAGAGCCAAAAUCGAAGCAGAUUGAUAGAUAUAUAAAAAAGUUCCCACGAUUUUAAUUUUCUGUGAAAAUGCUAUUUUUAAUUAAGUGUAUCGUGUAAAAAUUAGUUUGUAGUUGUCAUUUUAUGAAAUAUAUCUAAAAAAAAUCACCAUUUUGUUCUUAAAAAAAUCAAACACCCCGUAAAAUUAUACAAUAUAUUCCUCAUUGGUGUAAGGAAGUUAUUUAUUAUUCACUUUUGUUACCGUCCUCAACUGAAAGGUUUAAUGCAGAUAAUAAAAAAAUAUAUUCCUUAUAAAGCCUCCAUUUUCGGCUUUGACUAUACACGAGACCUUCGAGUAAACAAAUCAAGUUUCCGACCUUUUCGCAUUUCGAAUAAUUCCCAACCACAAGGUUCUUCCU